GACGACGACGAGGACGAGGAACUGCUGAGUGACAUCAGCGACGGGCAUGAAGCAUGUCAGAUUGGGACAGACAGGCAUGGCAUGAUCAAGACAGCAGGUCAACACAACAUCCCAACACGAGCUGGUUCUCAGGCGUCGGCUCAGGCUCACUGACUGAAGCACUUCUCGCCAUCGGCCUGCUCGUCUGUUCCGUGCUCUGGUACAGGGAGACCGGCUUGGCCGACUUGCGCUUCAUCGCAUACGACUGCUACGACACUCUCAAGGGCGUUAUGGAGUCUGCCCGAGCUAGACUCGCUGCCCUCGGUCUUGGCUUCGACAAGCCUGGCAGACCCGACAAUGAUCUCAGCUGGGAUGCCGAACCGCUUCGGCCGGGCAACGGUGAUUCGCAUACCAAUGGCAAUGGCCAUGUCAGAGGCUCUGUCCGCCGCGCGACGAGCCUCAAAGGCAAAGAGCCGGCAGCCUAUGGCGCAGUCUUCCGCCCGGCAGGACUGUACAAUGGCGCAGGGGGCAAUGCUUGCUUUCUCAAUUCUACCCUGCAGUGUCUGGCUUCCGUCUCGAGUUUGCCUGCCUAUCUCGAGCGUGUCUGCUCCCUCGGAAGCUCGCUAGAGAUGGCUACUCCCGUUGCCGAGUCUCUGCUCGACAUCAUCAGCGAGCUCAAUGCACCUUCGACCAGUCAGCGUGUACUCAAGCCAGUUCGGGUCGCUCGCGCACUGUUCGAAUCGCGAGAGGCUCGGAGGGGUCUGAUGAACAACGAGCAACAGGAUGCUCAAGAGUUUCUUGUCAUGCUCAUCGAGGCAGUCUCGGACGAGCUCGCAGCUUGCGAAGCCGCCGCUCGCAUCGAUCUUGGACUCGGCGAUGUCGUCGAUUCGGCUGGCUUGGGGACCUUACUCGAGAACAGCCAGAGCCAAGCGAGACGGAUCCGGAGUCCGUUCACGGGCCUGAUGGCUCACCGUAUUUCUUGCAUGACCUGUGGCUAUACCGAAGCAGUCCGACAUGGACCUUCAGAUCACACCACGCUCAAUGUACCGCCCAGAGUGGCUUGCACUCUUGAUGCUUGCCUGGCAGAUUAUACUCGUCUGGAGCUGCUAGACGAGUUUCGGUGUCGACGAUGUACCCUCGCCGUCACGCUCGAGCACUACCAGAGCCAGCUCACGAGGAUGUCACAGGCAAAUCCGGAUGGCGAACCUUUGACUGUGUCGAAGAAGAAACGUCUGCGCGAUGUCCGCUCGGUCGUCAACAAGCUGCAGUCCGCAAUAGACAAUCGCAACGUCGAAGCAGAUAUUGACGAUGCUGUCAAGAUCGACAAGAUUGGUGGUAUCGGGCCAGCAAGCAAGCAAUCGAUGUUUGCUCGAUGUCCACCAGUGCUUUGCAUCCAUCUCAGCCGCUCAACCAUGUAUUCUGCCGCCGGCCAUCCGGUGAAGAAUUCUUGCCAGGUCGAAUUUCGCGAGCUGCUCGAUUUUGAUCCUUUCUCUACCGGCGGCAUCUUGAGCACCCGACCAGAUCGGCCCAUUUCCUCAAUGGAGCAGACGGCUGGCAGACAACCCGUACGCCAUCUUUAUCGGCUCUCCUCUGUCGUGCAGCACUAUGGCUCGCAUUCGUACGGCCAUUACAUCUCAUAUCGGCGACGACCAACAUUGGCCAAUUCAGAGGAGCAAUCGGAAUGGUAUCGCAUCAGCGACGAGACCGUCAGUCCGGCGACAGCUGGUGAAGUCACUAUGGCCAAUCCCUUCUUAUUGUUCUAUGAGCUCGUCAGGCCAGCUGCGCAGGCCAGGCCAGUGAGGCUAGCACAGUCGAUAUCAUCACUCAGCAUCAUCAAGAAGCUCAAUAUGAAGACGAAGGAGCAGUCGGACGACAGUAUGAGUAAUGCAUGACCAGCAUUGCAAUACGUUUAUCGGGGGUCGCUUGCUAAUUUAUGUUUGAGACGCCUGCAUGCACGAUUAGCAAUGGUAUCCGUCGAGGCGAGCAGACCUACUCGUUUUCUCGCCUCAAG